GCUUAUGUCAAUGUGAAAUAAUACGGACCCGAAUUUCCUACUGGACCAUUGUUUGGCAAUACAUUUGCUGACACGGAACUGUUAUUCCGUUGCACCAGUGCCUCUACAACUCCACACGUGUGUUUUUAAACAUACGCUUGUUGUUUACAUUAGAGAUGGGCAAGUUACGGAAGAAGCACAACUGGAAGGGAAGGAAACAGAACGAUGCACAGCCUCCGUCAGAGGAACAGAAGAGCGAGGUGGUGGUGGAGCUCAGAGACGGUGACACCUUGAAGGGCGUUGAUGAGAGCAACGUGCUGGUCCUCCCAGCCACUAAAGCUAAGAAGAAGAAAGCUAUCGAGAAACCUAUCCCAAAACCGCAGCCCCUGACCAAGAAACAGAAGAAGAAUUUGCAGAAAGUUCUGGAGAUUAAAAAGAAGAAAUCCCAGCGGGCGGACAUUUUGACCAAGCUGGCCGAGGUGCAGCUGCCGGACUCGGAGAUGAAGAUGCUGUACACCACGUCUAAGCUCGGCAUCGGGGACAAACUGUACCAGAGCAAAAAGAAUGUAGAUGAGGUUGAGGAAGGUGCACCAGGCAUUGGGAAGAUCAACAGUCUGAGUGGAGCCAAUCGCAAAAGGAAGAGGUGGAAAGAGGAGGAGGAGGAAGAGGAAGAGGAGGCACCUGAGGAGAGCGACAGUUCUGAUUUGUCUUCGGACGAAGAGGAACAGAAGGUUGGAGUGACGGAAGACUCUGAAGUUCACACUCCCGAGGUGCCGGCUGGGGCCCCUCUGGAGAAAACGGCAAAGCCUGCCAAGGAACAGGCCACAGAAAAGGGGGGAGUUCCACCCCUACACCCCAGAAAAGAGGACUCCCAGCCCGCAGUCUUCAUACCUGUUGACAGACUACCAGAGAUUCAGGAAGCCCGUCUGAAGCUGCCGGUGUUGGGGGAAGAGCAGGUGAUCAUGGAGGCAGUGAGGGAGCACGCGUGCACAGUGCUGUGUGGUGAGACGGGGAGUGGGAAGACCACCCAGGUCCCACAGUUCCUGUACGAGGCGGGCUACGCCAGCGGGAGUGGCAUCAUUGGCGUGACCGAGCCCAGGCGAGUGGCUGCUGUCAGCAUGUCUCAGCGCGUGGCCAAAGAGAUGAACCUGUCCUCGAGGGUGGUGUCCUACCAAAUCCGAUAUGAGGGAAAUGUGACGAAUGACACCAAGAUCAAGUUCAUGACAGACGGCGUCCUGCUUAAGGAGAUACAGAAGGACUUCCUGCUCCAGAGGUACAGCGCGAUCAUCAUCGACGAGGCCCACGAGCGUAGCGUGUACACCGACAUUCUGCUGGGCCUUCUGUCACGCAUCGUGCCCCUGCGGAACAAGAAAGGCCUUCCCAUGAAGCUGCUGGUGAUGUCGGCCACUCUGCGCAUUGAGGACUUCACAGAGAACCGCAAGCUGUUCCCCGUCCCCCCACCAGUGAUCAAGGUGGAUGCCCGUCAGUUCCCCGUCUCCGUCCAUUUCAACAAGCGCACCCCCAUGGAGGACUACACCGGGGAGGCCUUCCGGAAGGUCUGCAAGAUCCACCGCAUGCUUCCCCCCGGGGGGAUUUUGCUGUUUCUCACUGGCCAAGCGGAGGUUCAUUCUGUCUGCUGGAGGCUGAGGAAAGCCUUCCCCUUUCGACCCAACAGCACCGAGACAGAGAAAGACGAGCAGGACGGCUCGGAGGAGAUGAGACGGUUCAAGAAGGCCAGGCAGAAGAAGACUGUGUCCCUGCCCCGCAUCGACCUGGACAACUACUCUGCACUGCCGGUGGAUGAAGGGGACGAGGACCGCCAGGCGGGGAUCGGUGACGAGGAGGAUGGCUCUGACCUGGAGCUGGAGUUGGGCGAUGACCCGGGAGACUCUGAAGAGAAAAGCGACCCUUCACUUCCGCUCUAUGUCCUCCCGCUCUACUCUCUCCUGGCUCCUGACCAGCAGGCCAAGGUCUUCCGGCCUCCACCGCCUGGCACCCGUCUGUGUGUGGUGGCCACUAACGUGGCGGAGACCUCCCUGACCAUCCCGGGCAUCAAGUACGUGGUGGACUGCGGCCGCAUCAAAAAGCGCUACUACGACCGCGUCACUGGCGUCUCCUACUUCAAAGUGUCCUGGACUUCCCAGGCCUCGGCCAAUCAGAGAGCGGGGCGAGCAGGCCGCACAGAGCCUGGCCACUGCUACAGGCUGUACUCCUCUGCAGUAUUUAGCGAUUUUGAGGAGUUCUCUGAAGCAGAGAUCACACGCCGACCUGUUGAUGACCUUGUCCUGCAGAUGAAAGAUCUCAACAUUGAGAAGGUGGUGAACUUCCCGUUUCCCACGCCUCCCUCGGGCGAGGCCCUGGCCGCUGCCGAGCAGCUGCUGUUGGCCCUGGGGGCCCUGGAGGAGCCCCCGCAGACAGGCCGGCUGAAGGAGAUGGAGCAGGCACGCCUCAGCUGCCCCAUAACCCCCCUGGGCCGGGCCAUGGCCUCCUUCCCUGUCGCGCCCCGCUAUGCCAAAAUGCUGGCGCUGGGGAGAGCACAGGACUGCCUGCCCUACGUGAUCACCCUGGUGGCAGCCAUGACGGUCAGGGAGCUCUUCGAGGACCUGGACAGGCCUGCGGGGAGCGAGGAUGAGAACUCCAAGCUGGCCCAGAGGAGAGCUCGUCUGGCCCAGAUGAGGAGGCUGUGGGCCGGGCAGGGCGCUUCGCUGCAGCUGGGGGACCUGAUGGUCAUGCUCGGUGCGGUUGGAGCCUGCGAGUUCUCCGGCUGCACCCCCAAGUUCUGCGAGCAGAAUGGGCUACGCUACAAAGCCAUGCUGGAGAUCCGUCGCCUGAGGGGACAGCUCACCACAGCAGUCAAUGCCAUUUGUCCCGAGGCGGCAUUGUUCCUGGAUGCCAAAAUGGCGCCCCCUACAGAGGGGCAGGUGCGGUGCCUACGGCAGAUCGUUCUGGCCGGGCUUGGCGAUCACUUGGCUCGCCGGGUUCAAGCUGAAGAGCUGCUGGACCCCAAGUGGAGGAACGGGUACAAGACCGCGCUAUUGGACGAGCCAGUGUUUAUUCACCCCUCCUCGGCUCUGUUCAAGACCCUGCCAGAGUUUGUGGUGUACCAGGAAGUGAUGGAGACCUCCAAGAUGUACAUGAGAGUGGUGUCUGUGGUGGAGCCUGACUGGAUCCCUCAAGUGCUGCCCAUGUACUGCCAUUUUGGGAAACCUCUGGAGACCCCUGCCCCAGGAAUCUGCCCUGACAGCGGACGAGUCCGGUGUCACCGUGAAAGCACCUUCUUCCGAGUUGGCUGGCAGCUCCCUGCUGUGGAAAUGGAUUACCCAGAAGGUCUAGAGCGCUACAAGUUGUUUGCCAAGUUCCUGCUGGAGGGACAGGUAUGUCCAAAGCUGAGCUCUCAUACCAGUUGCUUGCUCUCAAGUCCUUCUACGAUGCUGAAGACCUGGGCAAAGUUGCAGCCCCGCACUGAGGCUCUGCUGGGGUCUCUGGUGUCUGAGAAGGCAGACUGUAAAGCAGCUCUGCUGUCGGCAUGGAAGAAGAAUGACAAGUACUUGUUAGCACCUUACUGCCAGUGGCUUCCUGAAGCCAAACAUCAGGAAGUGGCAAAGAACUGGCCUCCUGUCUGACCAGGUGACUAACUGACCAUGUCCAGCAAGUCACCUGCCGGCAACUGCUCAUCGCCUGCGCAUCGCACCUCCGGUUGGGAAAUGAGGCCAAAGUCAACUGCGCAUGCUGGCUUUUCGUACAACUGUUUUCAGCAGUUGGCGGGGGGCUAAGUGUGUAGAACUGUGAUGCUGACCAGCUUCUUUUGCAUUGUCGCCUAAAGGAUUUGUAGUGUUGCUUUUGUGAUUACCCUUUUAACCAUUGAAAAUGACAAUGAUCAAGUCAGCAUCAUUGUAAUGAUGUCAAUUACCAGUAUGUCUGGUCUUUGUAAGACUUCUUUUACCCUCUGUAAAUAUAAUGCAUUCUGUUAAAAAAAGGAAAUUAAUACAUUUGUAUUAUCCUGUGCAUUGAUUUCAGGUUACUAUGCUGUCGAGCUUUUACAUUGCAAUUAGGAAUUUAUCAAAUGCUGUUGUCCAGAGCUACUGGCACAGCUGACAUUUUUACAUACAGGUCAUUCAGUUCAAUGAUGCAGCAGCAGUGCCCCAUCUAGGAAUGGUAUCUGCAUGUUAGCUUGCCUAUUCCAGCUUGAUAUUAGAGAAUAAAUCUGUCCGGUCAAUACACUCUCAAAAAUUGUCCAACACACUUUGUUAUUACUUUUGUGUUGCUUUCAACACAUUUUGUGUCAAAGUUUCAAUGUUUCAGUUUUUAACACCUGUUUUGAGUAUAGUGGACGUUGACACUGUUAGUCGAUGGCGUGAAAAAUUGUACCCCGUUCAUUUUCUCCGAUAUUAUCCUUAUUUAAGACAAAUCCUUGUGACGAUCAAAAAUAUUGUCCAUUAAAAAGGCUGACCAAAAUGGGAGAUGGGAUGGUGAUUGUGAUUAAAUG